AUGGCUGAGCCGCUGUCGCCGCUGCCGGGACCGAGCGGCCGGGGGCGGCGGCUGCUGCUGCUGCUGCUGCUCCUUCUCCCUUUGUUCCCCCUCGGCCGGGCGGAGCGGGGAGCCGAGGGGCCCGGGGGCUGCGCCCGGCGCGGGGAGCGGGGACCCGGGGAGAGCCGGGAGCAGGAGGGGCCGAGCAGGGGGCUGCGGUGCGCGGGCGGCCGCUGGCGGGGCUUAGUUCUCCUGGGUGGGCUGCGCGGAGCCGGCUCGGCCGCCGGGGGCUUGGCCGAGGGCAGGGGCUGUCGCUGCGGCUGCCCCCUCUCGCGGGCGGGGGGUCGGAGGGGAGCGCUGCCGGGGAAGCCGCGGCGGGGCAGGGGGGGGCCCCGAGCUGGCUCGGGGCCCCCGCUGUGGGGCACGAAGAGGACUCCGCGCCCGGCAGCUGCCCAGGGGGAGCGGGCCGGCGGCUCCCCCUGCUUGUGGAUUAUAAACGCCCAGGCGCUGGCCCCGGAGCCGCCGGGCCUGGCCCGGGAGGGCGCUGGGCAGCCCCGCACCCAGAGCCCCGGCGGCUGGGCAGCGGCGCCGAGCCACGGCCGCAGGACUGGCGGGAAAGGCUGCCCCGAGCCGCCAGGGCACCAAGGCAGGGAGCCGGCUGAGCAGCCAGGGAGCGGGGCGGGUCCGGAGAGCCCAGGCACCUUCGCCUCCCUCCGGACCGACUGCAGCGGGGCCCCGAGCCCCGGGGAGGAGGCGAGCGGACAGCAGCGGGGCCGGGACAAUGGGGCUGGCUCCCUGGACAGUGCGGGCGGCCAGAGGGACAGAGCCUGCCGCGGCUGUGCGAGCCAGAGCCCCCUGCGCCCUGCCACAGGGGCCCCGAGCUCCCCCGGGGGCUGGCUGAGCGCGGCGGGCGCAGGGCACUCCCUGCACGGCGAGUGGCUCUGCGUAGUGUCCAGGCACCAGCCUAGUCCCGGCGCGUACAACCGCACGGAUCCCUGGCAGCUGGAAAUCUGGGAGUCCCUGGCCCCGGGCGCGAGGCCCCGGCACCCGGAGGGGUCCCCGCCGGCCUCGGAGAGCCGCUCCUGGUUUGCAAAGAUGCAGCUGAGGCCGCCACCCUGUCGCCGCGCCCGCUCGCACCUCAGUGAGUGGCUGACCCUGGUGACCUGUCCUCAGCGGUGUGCAGGGAGCCAGCUGCCCGGCCGGCGCGCAGGCGAGCGCUGGGGAGCCAGCCCGGACCAGACUGGGCGCUUGGAGAAGGAUACUCCAGGGCAGGCGCAGGCCAGUGAGUUGGAAGAGGCCGUUUCAGCACCACCGGCGCCCGGGACAGCUCCCAGAGCGACCCGAGGACGCGAUCCAGCCCGCGCUCCGCCCACGCCGCACAGAAAGCAGGAGGAUCCCUCUCUGUUGUUUCACCUGUUUGAUUCCACCAAAGGCUGUUUACAAACUCUUUGCUUUGCCGCGGACUUUGGGAGCCCGUCAGCCCUGGAGCUCUUUGCUCACCUGCCAGUAAAGCCUAGUCGAGCUAUGCAGCUUGAUCUACCACAUUAUCCGCCUGCCAAGCGAAGGAGGAGGCGAGAGAGUGCAUUCCUACCAUUAUUAAGGACUGGCAGGGCAGCCAACCGCCACCCCCACUUCCCUCAGUAUAAUUACCAGGUUCAGGUGGCUGAAAACCAGCCUCCAGGGACUCCUGUGAUAACUAUGGCAGCACAAGACCCCGAUUCAGGGGAGGCUGGGAAGCUAGUCUACUCCAUGGAUGCCCUGAUGAAUAGCAGGUCCAUGGAGCUGUUUAGCAUUGACCCCAAUAAUGGUCUCAUCACCACCACCAAAGCUUUGGAUAGAGAGACUAUGGACCUGCACUAUUUCCGGGUUACUGCUGUGGAUCAUGGGGUCCCCCGCCUUUCUGCUACCACCAUGAUUGCUGUAACUGUUGCUGACCGAAAUGAUCAUGAUCCUGUUUUUGAGCAGAGUGAGUACAGAGAGACUAUUAGGGAAAAUGUAGAAGAAGGCUACCCUAUCUUACAGCUGCGGGCCACGGAUGUGGACUCCCCACACAAUGCAAACAUCAGGUAUCGAUUUGUGAAUGAGCAAGCAGCCCACUCUGUCUUUGAGAUAGAUCCCAGGUCAGGUCUGAUCACCACCAGCGGGCAAGUGGACAGAGAGAAAAUGGAGAAAUAUUCUUUGGUGGUGGAGGCAAACGACCAGGGUAAGGAGCCUGGGUCCAGAUCUGCCACAGUUAAAGUCUAUAUCACAGUUCUGGAUGAGAAUGACAAUUCCCCUCAGUUCAGUGAAAAACGCUACAUCGUCCAGGUGAGAGAGGAUAUAAGACCCCAUACAGAAAUCUUGCGAGUUACUGCCACUGACAUGGACAAAGACAAUAAUGCUUUAGUCCAUUAUAACAUCAUCAGUGGGAACAGCAGGGGCCAGUUCUCCAUUGACAGUGUGACUGGGGAAAUACAGGUGGUGGCGCCUUUGGAUUUUGAAGUUGAACGUGAAUAUGCCCUGAGGAUACGUGCUCAGGAUGCAGGGCGCCCUCCUUUGUCUAACAACACUGGCAUGGCCAGCAUCCAAGUAGUGGACAUUAAUGAUCAUGCCCCAAUCUUUGUCAGCACCCCCUUUCAAAUCUCUGUCCUGGAAAAUGCCCCCCUUGGCCAUUCAGUGAUCCACAUUCAGGCAGUGGAUGCAGAUUAUGGGGAGAACUCUCGUCUGGAAUAUAAACUAACUGGGGUCUCAGCUGACACCCCUUUUGUGGUGAACAGUGCCACUGGGUGGAUCACAGUGAGUGGCCCCUUGGACCGUGAGUCAGUGGAGCACUAUUUCUUUGGAGUAGAGGCUCGGGACCAUGGCUCUCCAUCCUUAUCUGCCUCUGCUAGUGUCACCAUCACUGUCAUGGAUGUGAAUGACAAUCGACCUGAAUUCACCCAAAAGGAGUAUUUCAUCCGGCUAAAUGAGGAUGCUGCUGUGGGGACCAGUGUUCUCAGUGUCACGGCAAUCGACAGGGAUGUGAACAGUGCCAUAAGCUACCAGAUAACUGGGGGGAACACCCGGAACCGCUUCUCUAUCAGUACUCAGGGAGGAGUGGGGCUGAUCACUCUCUCUCUACCCUUGGACUACAAGCAAGAGAGGCGUUAUGUGCUAACAGUGACUGCCUCUGACCGGACACUGCAUGACAACUGUCACAUUCAUAUCAACAUCACUGAUGCCAACACCCAUCGGCCUGUGUUCCAGAGUGCCCACUAUUCAGUGAGUGUCAAUGAGGACCGUCCUGUGGGCAGCACUGUGGUGGUCAUCAGUGCCACCGAUGAUGAUGUGGGGGAAAAUGCCAGGAUCACUUAUUACCUAGAGGACAAUAUUCCUCAGUUUCGUAUUGAUGCAGACUCUGGUGCCAUCACAUUGCAGGCGGAGCUGGACUAUGAAGACCAGGUCACCUACACCUUGGCCAUCACUGCCAAAGAUAAUGGGAUCCCUCAGAAAGCGGACACGACCUAUGUAGAAAUCAUGGUGAAUGAUGUAAAUGACAACGCCCCACAGUUUGUCAGUGCUCACUAUCAAGGCAUUAUAUCGGAGGAUGCCCCUCCAUUCACCAGCGUGCUCCAGAUCUCUGCCACUGACCGCGAUGCCCACACCAAUGGGCGGGUACAAUACACCUUCCAGAAUGGGGAGGAUGGGGAUGGGGAUUUUACCAUAGAGCCCACCUCUGGGAUUAUCCGUACUGUCCGCAGGCUGGACCGAGAGAGCGUCCCAGUCUAUGAGCUGACUGCUUAUGCUGUGGACAGGGGGGUCCCCACGCAAAGAACCCCAGUCAACAUUCAAGUCACUGUUCAAGAUGUGAAUGACAAUGCCCCUGUGUUCCCAGCUGAAGAGUUUGAGGUUUUGGUGAAGGAGAACAGCAUUGUGGGCUCUGUGGUGGCCCAGAUCACAGCCAUUGACCCAGAUGAGGGACCUAAUGCCCAGAUCAUGUAUCAGAUUGUGGAAGGCAACAUCCCUGAGAUCUUCCAGAUGGACAUAUUUUCUGGGGAGCUCACUGCCUUGAUUGACCUGGAUUAUGAGACAAAGCCCGAGUAUGUAAUUGUGGUCCAGGCAACAUCUGCCCCCCUGGUCAGCAGAGCCACAGUCCACAUCAAACUCAUUGACCAGAAUGACAAUAGCCCUGUCCUCAAGAACUUCCAAAUCCUCUUCAACAACUACAUUUCCAACAGGUCCAACACCUUCCCUUCGGGGGUCAUAGGGAAGAUCCCGGCUUAUGACCCAGAUGUGUCCGACAGGCUCUUCUACACUUUUGAACGUGGCAAUGAGCUGCACUUGUUGAUUGUAAAUCAGUCAAGUGGUGAGCUGAGGCUGAGCCGUAAACUGGACAACAAUCGUCCCCUGGUGGCCUCCAUGCUGGUUACGGUCACAGAUGGGAUCCACAGCGUGACAGCCCAGUGCGUCCUGCGUGUCAUCGUCAUCACAGAGGACAUGCUGGCCAACAGCAUCACAGUGCGGCUGGAGAACAUGUGGCAGGAACGCUUCCUCUCGCCGCUGCUCACCAGCUUCCUGGAGGGCGUGGCCACUGUGUUGGCCACACCCAAGGAGGAUGUCUUCAUCUUCAACAUCCAGAACGACACGGAUGUGGGUGGCUCGGUGCUGAAUGUCAGCUUCUCAGCGCUGGCUCCCCGGGGCGGCCACUUCUUCAGCUCAGAGGAGCUUCAGGAGCAGUUGUACAUGAAGCGCAUGACUCUGACCUCCGUCUCCACGCUGGAGGUGCUGCCCUUCGAUGACAACGUCUGCCUGCGGGAGCCAUGCCAGAACUACAUGAAGUGCAUCUCCGUGCUCAAGUUUGACAGCUCGGCCCCCUUCAUCGCCUCCCCAUCCACCCUCUUCCGGCCCAUUCACCCCAUCACAGGCUUGCGCUGCCGCUGCCCCCAGGGCUUCACUGGGGACUACUGUGAAACCGAGAUCAACCUGUGCUACUCCAACCCCUGCCAUAACGGGGGCAUCUGCACCCGCAGGGAGGGUGGCUACACCUGCAUCUGCCGACAGCACUUCACAGGUGACAAGUGCGAGGUGGACAGCCGCUUGGGGCACUGCCUCCCUGGUGUGUGCAGGAAUGGCGGCACCUGCACCAACUCUGCAGAUGGCGGCUUCCAAUGCCAGUGCCCCUCCGGGGGCUUUGAGAAGCCCUACUGCGAAGUCUCCACACGCUCCUUCCCCCCCAAGUCCUUCGUCAUGUUCCGGGGGUUGCGCCAGAGGUUCCACCUCACCCUCUCCCUCUCGUUCGCCACCCUGGAGCGCAGCGGCCUCUUGCUCUACAAUGGGCGCCUGAAUGAGAAGCACGACUUCCUGGCUGUGGAAAUCAUUGAUGGGACGCUUAGUGGGAAGAAGGCCAACAGUGAGAAAGUUGGGAAGAACAUUAAUGUGAAGUGUCGUGCUUUGCAGCCCAAGAUUGGCUCCCUGGGGGUGGUGCAGGGGCCUUCCAAAGACAAGGUGGCCAUCCUGAUGGUGGAUGAAUGCGAUGCAUCAGUGGUGCUGCAGUCGGCAGUGGGAUGGCAACUACUCCUGCGCUGCAGAGGGCACGCAGUCCAGCUCCAAGAAGCCUCUUCUCACAGGUCCCUCGACCUCACAGGGCCCCUGCUCCUCGGAGGGGUCCCCAAUCUGCCUGAAAACUUCCCAGUGGCCCACAGGGACUUUGUGGGGUGCAUGAGAGACCUGUACAUCGACAACAAACGGAUCGACCUGGCUACCUACAUUGCAAACAAUGGGACCUCUGCAGCCAUGCACCAUGCUCACUAUUUCCAUGGCAACAGCAUCCUUUCCUGGGACUUCAAGAAUGAGGUGAAGAUCUCCAUACCAUGGUACAUGGGGCUGGCGUUCCGGACACGCCAGCUGGACGGGGCGCUGCUUCAAGCUCAUGCCGGCCAGUACACCACCAUCCUCUGCCAGCUGGACUCUGGCAUGCUCUCCUUCACGGUGAGUAGAGGCUCUGGGCACACCAUCAAGCUCCUCCUGGACCAGAUGCACCUGAGCGAUGGGAAAUGGCACAACCUCCAGAUGGAGUUACGGGAUGUUCGCAGUGGGCGUGAUGUGCGCUAUAUCAUCACUGUCAGCCUGGACUUUGGACUCUACCAGGACACAGUGAUUGUUGGAAAUGAGCUGCAUGGGCUGAAGGUGAAGCAUCUUCACAUUGGGGGAUCCCAGGGAUACUACGGAGGGGACUGCGUGGACGUGUGCCACUUGAACCCCUGCAAGAAUAAGUCGGUGUGUCGACGGAAGCCAGGCUCUCCCCUUGGCUACGUGUGUGAGUGUGGAGGAAACCACUUUGGCAGUACUGCGAGCACAGGUGAGCCCAAGGGCAGCUCUGCCCUCAGCAGGACUUGGCUCUCUUCCCAGCAACAGUCUCCAGGCCCCUCGCAGGGAUCCUGGGGCUCGGAGAAUGUUGGGUUUAAGGUGGAUCAGCAAUGUCCGAAGGGCUGGUGGGGGAACCCGACCUGUGGGCCCUGUAACUGCAACGUGAACAAGGGCUUUGACCCAGACUGUAAUAAAACCAACGGGCAGUGCCACUGUAAGGAGUUCCAUUACCGUCCCAAAGGGAGUGACACCUGUCUGCCCUGCGACUGCUACCCCACUGGCUCCUCCUCGCGCUCAUGUGACCAGGAAAUGGGUCAAUGCCACUGCAGGCCCGGAGUGAUAGGUCGACAGUGCAACAGCUGUGACAGCCCUUUUGCAGAGGUGACGCCAAGUGGCUGUGAGGUGCUCUAUGACGGCUGUCCUAAAACCCUGAGAGCUGGUGUUUGGUGGCCUCAGACCAAGUUUGGGCUCCCAGCUGCAGUGCCUUGUCCCAAAGGCUCCUUGGGUGCAGCAAUUCGCCACUGCGAUGAAGAGAGAGGUUGGCUGGAGCCCAAUCUCUUCAACUGCACAUCGCCUGCCUUCAAGGAGCUCUCGACACUGCUGGAGGGCCUGGAGAGGAACGAGACGGAGCUGAACACCAUGGAGGCGAAGAAGCUGGCGCACCGGCUGCGCGCAGUGACAGACCAGAUGGAGCGCUACUUCGGCAACGACGUUCACAUCACCUACCGCCUGCUGUCCCGCCUGAUGGAGUUUGAGAACAGGCAGCACGGCUUCGGCCUGACCGCCACCCAGGACGCCCACUUCAACGAGAACCUGCUGAGGGCAGGCAGCUCGGUGCUGGCCCUGGAGAACCAGGAGCACUGGGACGUGCUGCUGCAGAGCGACCAUGGCAGCAUGGGGCUGAUGGAGCAGCUGAGAGAGUACACAGUGCUCAGCAUUGACCGCAUGGAGAACCACACCCACGUCCGGCGACGCUAUCCCCGCUACCACAGCAGCCUUUUCCGGGGGCAGGCCAUGUGGGACCCACACACCCAUGUGGUGCUCCCGCUCUCAGUGCUUACACCCCCCAAAGUGGAAGCAGCCCCCAUGCCCAUGAGCAGGGAAGCGAACGACACAGUGGAGAGCUCUUCCCCAAAGCUGACCCUCCCGGAGCCCGAGCCUGCCGUCACCAUCAUCAUCCUCAUCAUCUACCGCACCUUGGGCGGGCUGCUGCCAGCCCGCUAUCAGGUGGAUCGCCGCAGUCUCAGACUGCCCAAGAACCCCAUCAUGAACUCCCCCAUAGUGAGCGUGUCCGUAUUCAGCAACCACACCUUCAUCCAGGGCACUUUGGACACGCCCCUGGUGCUGGAGUUCCGCCUGCUGGAGACGGCGAACCGGAGCAAGCCCCUCUGUGUCCAGUGGAAUCAUUCCAGCCAGACUGACUCUUCCGGCUUCUGGACAGCAAGGGACUGUGAUCUCGUGUUCAGAAACACCACGCAUGUGCGCUGCCAGUGUUCCCAGUUUGGCACCUUUGGGGUGCUGAUGGAUAGCUCCCACCGAGAGCAGCUGGAGGGUGACCUGGAGACCCUGGCCAUUGUCACCUAUUCCUUGGUGUCUCUUUCUCUUGUGGCCUUGCUGCUGACCUUCUUCUUCCUGACAUGUCUGAAAGGCCUCAAGUCCAACACCAGGGGCAUCCACUCCAACAUAUCUGUCACCCUCUUUUUCUCCGAGCUGCUCUUCCUCUUGGGCAUCAACCGCACUGAAAAUCAGUUCCUCUGCACUGUGAUUGCCAUCCUGCUGCACUACUUCUUCCUCUCCACCUUCGCCUGGCUCUUCGUGCAGGGCCUCCAUAUCUACCGCAUGCAGACCGAAGCCCGCAACAUCAACUUCGGAGCCAUGAGGUUCUAUUAUGCCAUUGGCUGGGGGGUGCCUGCCAUCAUCACCGGACUGGCCGUUGGCUUGGACCCAGAGGGCUAUGGGAACCCAGAUUUCUGCUGGAUUUCUAUCCACGAUAAGCUGGUCUGGAGCUUUGCAGGCCCCAUUACUGUCGUCAUUGUGAUGAACGGGAUGAUGUUCCUACUGGUGGCCAAGAUGUCAUGUUCUCCAGGCCAGAAGGAGACCAAGAAGAAAUCAGUUCUCAUGACGCUGCGAAGCUCCUUUGUUCUGCUUCUAGUUAUUAGCACUACCUGGCUCUUUGGCCUCUUGGCUGUCAACAACAGUGUCCUGGCUUUCCACUACCUCCACACUGUCCUCUGCAGUCUCCAGGGCCUGGCCGUGUUGGUUCUGUUCUGUGUCCUGAAUGAAGAGGUGCAGGAGGCCUGGAAACUGGCCUGCCUUGGCAAGAAGAGUCAGGGCGAGGAGGCAGCUAGAUCUGUGCAGGGCCCCAACGCCUAUAAUAACACGGCCCUGUUUGAGGAGAGCGGCCUCAUUCGCAUCACCCUGGGGGCCUCCACCAUCUCCUCAGUCAGCAGCGUGCGCUCAGCCCGCACCCAUUCCAGCCAGAGGGGCUACCUCAGAGAGAAUGUGAUGGUGCGUCAGGGCUCAGCCCUGGAUCACAGCCUGCUCGGUCACACCGGCCCCACAGACCUCGAUGUGGCCAUGUUUCACCGUGAUGCAGGGGGAGCAGACCAAGACUCUGACUCAGACAGUGACCUUUCCCUGGAUGAGGAGCGCAGCCUUUCCAUCCCGUCGUCGGAGAGUGAGGAGAACGUGCGCCUCCGGGGCCGGUUCCAGCGCCAGUUCAAACGGGCAGCGCACAGUGAGCGGCUCCUCACCAACCCCACCAGCACCACUCCCAAAGAUGUGGAUGGCAAUGACCUGAUGUCCUAUUGGCCAGCACUGGGCGAAUGUGAGGUUCACCCCUGCUCUCUGCAGAAAUGGGGGUCUGAGCGGAAGCUGGGCUUUGACGUCAACAAGGAUGCUGCCAACAACAACCAGCCAGACCUGGCCCUGACCAGCGGGGAUGAGAACUCCCUCACCCAGACCCAGCGCCAGAGAAAAGGGAUUUUGAAGAAUCGCCUCCAGUACCCUCCAGCUCUGCAAGGCUUACCAUCCGUAGGCAGAAUGACCAACGAGCUUUCUUGGUACAAAACAUCCACCCUGGGUCACAGGGCUGUUCCUGCUGCCUCUUAUGGCAGAAUCUACUCUGGUGCAGGCAGCCUCUCUCAGCCAGCUAGCCGGUACUCUUCCCGGGAGCAACUCGACUUGCUGAUGAGAAGGCAGAUGUCCAGAGAACAGCUGAGCAGGAAUGACGCUGGGGAAUACUUGGAAGCUGUACGCAGCAGGCAUGGGUCCAGGGAGGAACUGGACACCGUUCUCAACAGGCCUGGAUCAAGGGAGCAAUUGGACACUAUCCCUAACCACAGCAACUCCUUCUGCUGUGCAGACUUCCUCAAUGCCUUCUGUGCUGUGCCCGUCACCACCUCUCUCUGCUACAUCCCACAGUAUCUCUGA